AUGGCACCGGAGAAUGAUCUGUUAGUGAGUUAUGAUCUCGCACUCAGUCUGUCUUACAAGUACGUCAUAUAUAAAUAUCCCACACGCGCCAGUCUCGCCCUUUCGCGGUCGGGAAACGAUGAUUCGAUCUUGGGGACGCCUGUCACUUUCCUAGUCACUCGUCAUGCAUCAACACCAUUAGUGUCUGGAAAAUCGACUGUAUAUCUGCAGUCUCCUUGUUCAUGGUGGUCGCGUCUGAUAAAUUACAACCAAGACAGAAUUGCAAGAGGGGGGCAUAAAGUCGAGCAGGAUUAUGCAUGGCCAGCUCUUGUCAUGCUAUGGGAUAAUAUUUGGUCAGCGAAUUGGGGGAAACACUCUAGGAUCAAAGUCUCUGGCGAACGGAUCCUAUCCGGACUACAUUUCAACAGCCAGUCAGUGCUAAUCGGAAAGGACCCUUCUGCUAGCGAUCACGUAACAGCAACAGCGCAGGAACGAGUGCCACCGAACCUUCAGUGGCAGCAUAGUCAGCGCCUCAUGCUCAUUCUCGUAUACCUCGAGAUCGUUCGAAGCCAUCUCAGAUCUCACGUAGGGAGAGAUACUCCCAAGAAUCUGGCAACUCGCAGCAUUGAUCUGACCGCAACACUGCCACUACCUCGAGACCUCACAGCGCCGCCCCUCCCUGACUCCCAAUCGCCUGGCGGGACUCGGCCAACCCAGAUCCAUGUUCAAUCUCCAUGGCUGAUUUCGCGGCCGAAUCGAGCCUGUCUGGACCGGACCAUGGGCCGCGAGAAGCAGUAA